ACUGGGCACCGAGCGUUCCUGCUGUCCCUCGCAGUGGACUGAGGCCGCAGGGGCGAGCUAGCCAGCUCCGCGCCUCUCCGCGGGAUCCAGAGGCCUCCUGGGGCUGCCGGCGGAGGGUCUGAGGUGGCGCGGCCAUGGCUCACCUCCGGGGAUUUGCCAACCAGCACUCUCGAGUGGACCCUGAAGAGCUCUUCACCAAGCUCGACCGCAUUGGCAAGGGCUCCUUUGGUGAGGUCUACAAGGGCAUCGAUAACCACACGAAGGAGGUGGUGGCCCUCAAGAUCAUCGACCUGGAGGAGGCCGAGGAUGAGAUCGAGGACAUCCAGCAGGAGAUCACCGUCCUCAGCCAGUGCGACAGCCCCUACAUCACCCGCUACUUUGGCUCCUACCUAAAGAGCACCAUAUGGAUCAUCAAGGAAUACCUGGGUGGCGGCUCAGCACUGGACUUGCUUAAACCAGGUCCCCUGGAGGAGACGUACAUUGCCACGAUCCUGCGGGAGAUUCUGAAGGGCCUGGAUUAUCUGCACUCCGAACGCAAGAUCCACCCAGACAUCAAAGCUGCCAACGUGCUACUCUCGGAGCAGGGGGACGUGAAGCUGGCGGACUUUGGGGUAGCAGGGCAGCUCACAGACACGCAGAUUAAGAGGAACACAUUCGUGGGCACCCCCUUCUGGAUGGCGCCUGAGGUCAUCAAGCAGUCGGCCUACAACUUCAAGGCUGACAUCUGGUCCCUGGGGAUCACGGCCAUCGAGCUGGCCAAGGGGGAGCCUCCAAACUCUGACCUCCACCCCAUGUGCGUCCUGUUCCUGAUUCCCAAGAACAGCCCACCCACACUGGAGGGCCAGCACAGCAAGCCCUUCAAGGAGGUCGUGGAGGCCUGCCUCAACAAAGACCCCCGAUUUCGGCCCACGGCCAAGGAGCUCCUGAAGCACAAGUUCAUCACAUGCUACACCAAGAAGACCUCCUUCCUCACGGAGCUCAUCGACCGCUAUAAGCGCUGGAAGUCAGAGGGGCAUGGCGAGGAGUCCAGCUCUGAGGACUCUGACAUUGAUGGCGAGGCGGAGGACGGGGAGCAGGGCCCCAUCUGGACGUUCCCCCCUACCAUCCGGCCGAGUCCACACAGCAAGCUUCACAAGGGGACGGCCCUGCACGGCUCAUAGAAGCCUGUGGAGCCCGUCAAGAGGCAGCCGAGGUCCCAGUGCCUGUCCACGCUGGUCCGGCCCGUCUUGGGAGAGCUCAAAGAGAAGCACAAGCAGAGCGGCAGGAGUGUGGGUGCGCUGGAGGAGCUGGAGAAUGCCUUCAGCCUGGCUGAGGAGUCCUGCCCCGGCAUCUCAGACAAGCUGAUGGUGCACCUGGUGGAGCGAGUGCAGAGGUUUUCACACAACAGAAACCACCUGACAUCCACCUGCUGAAGCGCGCUGCUGUUCAGAUAGGGGACAGAGGUCGUUUGUAUUUGUCCUGAGCUCCAUAAGAACUGUGCUGACUUGGAAGGUGCCCUGUGCUGUGUUGUGCCUGCAGGGACACGUCAGAUCCUGUGGGCCUCACAUGCCAGGUCACCAGGUCACUGCCUCCUUCCACCCCUGCAGUGUGCUGUUCUGCACGUCAGGGACGCCAUUCCAUA